AUGGAGCGGGAGAAGGAAACAUACGACAAUUACCUCUGGGACUUUUUUUAUUAUUGGGUAGGUACCAGAAUAAAGGAAGAUUUAAAGGGGUACGAUUUUACAACUACAAUGAGGACAAUUUGCGAUAAGUUGCCCGAGAGCGAAGCAAAGAAUAUAUGUACGAAUAAAUACCCAGAAAUUAACAAAGACCUCUUUGAAAAAGCAAAAGUGCUAUUCGACUUUUUCUAUAAUUACGGUACUGCUAAAAUUAAAUUACAGGAGAAAGGCCUAUUUACGAAUGAAAAAUGCAACAGUUCCUUAAAAAAAGUUAAGGAUGCAUAUCAAAAUAUAAGGGAUAUUUGUGAUGGGGAGGGGGAUUCUAAGAGUCAAUAUUGUGAGAAACUUAUACAGGAGUAUAAGGUAAAAUUCCAGAAUGGGGCACCAUUAAAAUUAACAUGCCCCGGAGACCCCGCACAAGCAGACCAAUCUGAAGAUGAUGGGUCUGGUAAGCAGAAUAGAACAACCUUUAGUAAAAUAACUGUAACAAAACACACGGAGGCAGAGGAGGAAGAUGAGGAUGAUGAUUAUAAUGACAAUGACGACGAAGACGAUGUCGAAGAAGAAGCUGUUGCUGCUGAUCCUGGUGCUGCUAUUUUACCCGCUGUGUCUGGUGCAUUGGCUACAAUAGGACUACCAGCAGUUAUUUUCUUUCUAUAUAAAGUGAGUAUACAAUUAAAAUUAUAA